AUGUGUGGUUACCAGGAGAUUCUGGAAAUUUUACUGGAAUAUGGAGCUGCCAUUGACUCUGAAAAUCCAUGGCUACACAACCCAUUGCAUUUGGCAGCGUCUUCACAGAACAAGGAAAUAGCAUUUUGCUUACUUCGUCGUGGCGCUAAGGUCAAUCAUGUGGAUAGCAAUUCACGGACAGCACUUCACUUGGCUGUGUCAACAAAAUACACUAGGAUGGUAGCUUUAUUACUCAAUCACGGUGCGGAU